AAAAUGACUACACACAGAGCGUCACGCUGCUCGCGCAUCUUACGCACGGACCUGCAGCUGCAUCCAUCCUCAGGUCGACAUAUUUUUAUACAAACAUAAGGAGGCUUUUUGUUUUUUUUUAGCCCACUCUACCGUGUUUCAGCCCCCCCCCCCCCCUUUUUUUAUUGGUGCCUUUUAAAAGCUGGGAUGGGCACCAUUCUGCAGGAGCGAGCGCCACAACAACACCCGGAGAGGGUCUCCAUCAGGGACAGGAAGAACAACAACACGCCAUAUGUGCCCAGCAGCAGAAUGGGCAGGAGGCAGUCACAAAGGAAGCCGGUGCAGCCGCAGUACACGUUACCGAGUCAAGAAAAUAGUAAUGAGAAGAGGCUGCAGCAGAGAAGGAAGCAGAAACCAAACCCCCCCUCCACCAAACGAGCUACCUCUCAUCACAGAUCUCAGGGAUCCUCAGAGUCAAAGACCCACCCUCUGUCCCCCGCAGAGGACAGGACAUCUCAGCACAGAGAACACAAGCACAGCGUUUUCAGAACCAGCCGGCACACAGCAGCCUUCCCCUGCCACCGCCCGUCCACCACCAGCCCUGACCCGCAGGACGGACCCUCAGAAGUAGGAAGUCCGAGCUUCCAUGGGGAGGGGGACAGCGACAGCGACUUGUCUGAGUCAGAGAGACUUCCUGUGGCCUCUUGUAGUCGCGUUCCCCCACAACUCCACCUGAGACCAGAAGUCAUCGAGGUUGAGGACCGCUCCUCUCGCUGCCACCGACCCAGAGGACACGGCCUCGGUGCUUUUGACUUCCCGGACUUCCUGCCUCCACCGUUUAACUCUUGGAGUCUGAGUCAGCUGGCUGUGUUCUACAACACGGAGGGCCAGGGGGCUCCUCGACCCAGAGCUGUGGGUCCUUUGGAAAGAUACAUGGAGAGGCUCCUGCAGCUGGAGUGGCGCCAGAUUCAGACCGCCCAGGAGGAAGGUGGGAAGUCGGGGCUGUCGGAUAUGUCGUCCGGCUGCCACGCCUCACCUGCCUCCGCCUCGUCCCGCCUCAGCACUCCGAAGUGCAUCCUGCAGUGUCAGCGCUCCUUCCCCCUCAACUUCCUCUCGUCGCUGGCCAGUCACUCGGCGCUGCUCUCCGGAUGCGCCUGCACCCUCUGCCGGAUCCGAUACUCCGCCUGCAACACGUCCUGCUGCCGAUCCACGUCCAGGCUGCCCAGGAGGAGCUGCAGCGAGAGCCGGGUCAACUCCUCGGACAGGAGCUCCAGAAACCAGAGGUUCAGCAGCCCUCUGAGGAACAGCCACAUGACGAGGAUGCAGGCUUCAGGGAACCUCCGCAACCCGGUGCAAGGUGCUGCUCCUCAACCCACUGCCGCUGAUGGCAGGCAGAUGCUGGACUACAGGACUGGGGGGAGGAGUGGAUCAGAGCAGAGACGAGGAGGAGCAGAAAGACUGGAGAAAAGACGGAGUGGUUCUGAGUGUAGACCAGGAGGAGCUGAGCUGAAGGACCAGGAAAUCAAACCGGACGCUGUCACUGCGAUAAUGGAUAAUUUACCCGGCUUUAAAAAGUCUUCGACACACAGACACAAGCAGGUGGAGUUUGUCACCUAACAGCAGGUUAUUGGGUCACAUCAUUAAAACUAUUUCAUUAAGAAUGGAUAUUUCAGAUCACAGGUGACAGGAAGUAUAGAAAGAUAGUAGUUUUUUUAUGAUGUCAGAUUUGUUUUCUGUGUUUAAUCCAAUGCGCGUAAAUGAAGUACUGCAACAUGCACUACUGAUCAGACAUCGAUCCAUUUACCUUUACAUUUAAAUCAGCACAACACAUCAAAUAUUAAUCUGUGUUCAGGAGUUUUCUGCUUUGGUUUGAAAUGAUAUUUUGGACAGAAAGCAGGCCUCCUGAAACAACCCGGUGCAAGGUGCUAACCCUCAAUCCACUGCCGGUCCAACUGAAGGACAUAAAACCGGACGCUGUCACUGCAAUAAUGGAUACUUUACCUGGCUUUAAAAAGUCUUCAACACACAGACAGAAGCAGGUGGAAGUGUAACCUGUAUGCCACAGCUGGAUCAUCCCCUUAAAUAUUUCAUUAAGAAUGUACGUUUCCAACGAGAGAUGACAGGAAGUGUAGAAAGAUUGUAGAAGCCAGAUUUGUUUCUUGGAUUCUUAUGUUUAAUCCAAUGCUGUUACUGCGGGUUUAUGAAGUAAUGCAACAUGCACCACUGAUGGACGAUGAGCAUUUACCUUUCAUUUUAAUUAACCGCAACACCCUCUAUUAUUAAUCUGUGUUCAGGAGUUUUCUGUUUUGGUUUGUCAACAAAAUGCUGGAAAAUAAAACGUGUACCAAACCGCCACUGGUGGAGGUUGCAAGUCUCCUGAAUCCACUGCCAGUCGAACUGAAGGAAAUAAAACCGGACGCUGUCACUGCAGGAACGGAUCAUUAGCUACUUUCACCCAUCUCCAACAUCAUGUUUCAUUUGGUGACGCUUUUAUCCACAGCGACUUACAAUACGUGCGACACACAGACAGAAGCAGGUGGACUUUGUUACAGCAGGUUGGAAGUGUUACCUGUAUGUCACAUCUGUUUAUACCUUGUUACUUUUCUAUACUGAACCCAAAGGUGAAAUAUGGACAUGUAAAGCUAUUUACUGAGAUGUGUUGACAUGUGAAGUUAUGCAUAAAGUUUGAUCUAUUUGGAUUAUUGGGAUUCAUGUCGAAUAAUACAUUAUUUUCAGGUAUGUUUUUUAAUUUCAAUUCCAGCCAUGGUAAUGAAGAGUAUAUGUGUGUAGGUAGUGAAUAAAGCCUGCAUAAACAACAGCAUGUAAACAAACAGGGCGGAGUAUCCAGAUGUGCUUUCAGUAUUCCACUG